ACUGCAGUAACACCACUGUGUGUGUCACAGACAGACUUAAUAGGCUGUGCACAGGGACAGAUCAGCUGGACACUUCAAUACCACGGACUAGAGAGCAUCUCAAUCCGCCGGCUGUGUUGUCUGGGUCAGAGAGGAGCGGAGCAUCAUGUCAGAAGCGUUUGACUGUGACGGAUGUAAGGAGUCUCUGUACGGGAGGAAAUACAUCCAGGUGGAUGACGUUCCUCACUGCGUCCCCUGUUACGACCGGCUGUACGCAAACACUUGCGAGCAGUGCAAAGAGCUCAUCCAACACAACGCACGCGAGACUAACGGUACCACUCCCUCAGAUGUAGAGGCCCAGCUGUCUCCUCCCUAUCACUCCAAGGAUUAUCAUGCUUGGAGAGACUGCAAAAAAAUGGAUGCUGUCGAUCAAGGGGAGGGUCGUAACCCCACCUGGUGCUCACAUGGUGGACUUCACCACUGCCUUGGCCGCUCUCUUCGCCUGUUACACCCGCCGUCUCAGUCCCCUUCUGGGCUCAUUUUCACGCCCAUUCGCAGAGAUCAGUUUGAACUCGAUCUCUCAGGCUGUAAGCGGCUGGAGUACGGAGGCUGCUCGUGGCACGAGGAAUGUUUUGUGUGUUGCGGCUGUGAGAAGCCCAUCGGCGGACAGUCGUUCAUCCCAGAUAAGGACGAGUUUUACUGUGUGCCCUGUUACGAGGGACGAUUCUCCCCCCGCUGCGCCCACUGCAAACAGAUCCUGGUUCAGGGUGGCGUCACGUACAGAGACGAGCCCUGGCAUAAAGAAUGUUUCUUGUGUUCGGGUUGUAAAGUCCAGCUGGCCGGACAGCCUUUCACAACGCAGGGUGAAGAUCCGUUCUGUGUGAAGUGCUUCAGUAACCUGUACGCCCAAAAGUGUGUCGCCUGCGACAAACCCAUCACAGGUUUUGGAGAAGGGAAGUACGUGUCGUUUGAGGAUCGUCAGUGGCAUCAGUCGUGUUUUAAGUGUUCUGAGUGUUCGGUGUCUCUGGUCGGCGCUGGAUUCUUCCCCGACGGGACAAAGAUUCUCUGCAAAAGCUGCAAUGCCAAAUAAUUCAAAACUGCUUCUGUAGAUGUGCUGAAGAACAGACCGUUGUGUAAUUGCAAAACAUUUAUGAAACGUUUGACAUCAUUUAUACAUGUAUAAUGUACAUCAAAGUUUAGGUUACAUUCUCCCAAAUCUGUAUGUUAAAAAUCUCAAUUAAAUGUAUGGUUACACUUUAUAUUAAGGUGUCAUUGUUACAGUGUAAUUAUAUAUUUAAGUAUGGAGUCAUAUUAAGUAACUACAUGUACUUACUAUUGGAGUAAACUAGGAUUAGGAUUUUGGUUGAGGGUUAAUUGCAUGUAAUUAUGCAUAAUUUACAGUUAUUACUAUGGUAAGUACAUGUAACAUAUGUAGCAAGGGCAUUGUAUAAUAAAGUGUUACCAAAUGUAUUUGAUGGUUUAUAUGAUAAACUCAAAUCAUUUGAACUGAAUGUGUUUCAUGCCAAAGUGUUUUGAUUUUACGGUUGAGUCAUUUUCCAUGUGUUUGCAUUAACAUCAGGCCUUUAAAUUUCCAUCCAACAGCAACAUUCCUCAAUGAAAUUUACAUUUGAACAAAACACACACUGAGUGUUAAUAUGUGAGGUGUGUUCAGUGAGAGAGGAUUGAAUCAUAAUGAUGCUUUAGAAUCUGGACAGAAAAUAUUGCUUGUAAAUGUUCCAGUGCACUAUUUAAAUGCACAUGCAUUGGUGUUUUAUCCGUUCAUUUUUAAUAACUCUCACAUGAAAUAUUCACAUAUUAAUAAUGAUAUAACAGGUGGCUUCCAAAUUGUUUUUCAGAAUAAUACUUUUAACUUUGUUUUUAAAUGUUUGAUGUAUUUUUACAUGAAUGUUUUCUGUAAAACUGCUUGUGUGUUGUGUUGUCCUUUCAUAAAAUGUUUGUAACAUAAACAACAACUUUCAAAUAUCA